UAUUUGCUCUCUCACUUAUUUCUCUAUUCCUAGCCCCCUACACACUCCACAACUCCCACCAAAAGAAUAAAGGGGAAUAAGAAGAUCCCAAACAUACAAAGGAAAACCCACCAAAAACCACCAAGCCAAAGCCCUCUUCACAGCUACAAAAUUCAUCAAAAAAGAAAGACAUGUGUUUCACCUAGUAGUGAAAUCUAUUGUAAACAAAUAAGGGAAUUCAGUCAUUAAGUUAUACGUAAAAAAUGGUGGAAGGGGGACCGGUGAAAGCGGAUAAAACAGAGUUCACAGAAUGUUGGAAAAUCUCGUCGAAAAAUCCUUACAUCAUGAAGCUGGCUUUCGCUGCCGGUAUUGGAGGGCUUUUGUUCGGCUAUGACACUGGAGUUAUCUCGGGAGCGUUGCUAUACAUCAAGGAAGAUUUCGAGGAGGUGGACAAGAGCACGUUCCUCCAGGAGCUCAUCGUCAGCACAUGUGUCGCCGGAGCUAUCAUCGGCGCGGCGCUCGGAGGCUACGCCAACGAUCGGAUCGGACGGAGGAAGACGAUCAUGGUAGCCGACGUCCUGUUCUUCUUGGGAUCCAUCAUCAUGGCCAUCGCCCCUGUUCCGGCCGUCAUCAUCAUCGGUCGGGUCCUCGUUGGCCUCGGCGUCGGAAUGGCCUCUAUGACCGCUCCCCUCUACAUAUCGGAGGCCUCUCCAGCAAAGAUCCGCGGCGCCAUGGUCAGCACCAACGGUUUGCUCAUCACCGGCGGGCAGUUCUUGUCGUACCUCAUCAAUCUUGCAUUCACCAAAGCUCCUGGAACAUGGAGGUGGAUGCUAGGAGUGGCAGGGCUCCCUGCCCUGAUCCAGUUCAUGUUAAUGUGGUCGCUUCCCGAAUCGCCCCGAUGGCUUUAUAGAGAGAACCACGUCCACGAAGCGAAGGAGAUCCUGGAAAAACUCUACCCUGAAGAAGAAGUGGAGAGAGAGAUUCAAGCGCUCAGAGAAUCCGUCGAAUCAGAGAGGGCAAUGGAGGAAUCGAUCGGGAAAGACAUGUACUCCAAGCUAAAAGGAGCAUUCACCGACAAGGUGGUCCGGCGAGGGCUCUACGCCGGAAUUACAGUCCAAGUGGCGCAACAAUUUGUCGGGAUCAACACAGUCAUGUACUACUCCCCAACCAUCGUCCAAUUCGCAGGGUUCGCCUCGAAAUCGGUUGCUCUGGCGCUCUCCCUGAUCACUUCAGGGCUCAACGCCGUCGGCUCGAUCAUCAGCAUGAUGGUGGUGGACAAGUACGGGCGCCGCCGGCUGAUGAUCAUCUCCAUGUUCGGGAUCAUCUCUUGCCUGAUAGUUCUGGCCAUCGUUUUCCGGCAGGCUUCGUUGGGUGCUCCGGGGAUCGAUUUCAUGGAUACCAAGCAUUUUGGGAGCAAUGUGACUUGCCCUAGUUACUUGGAGAAUUUCCAUAAGCCUAAGUGGGGAUGCACGCAGUGCUUGAAGGCUGAGUGUGCCUUUUGUGCCAAUGCUGCUGACAAGAUCAAACCGGGAGCCUGCUUGAUUGACGACAAGGCAAUGCGAGACGAAUGCAAGGCCGAGCAUCGGGUGCUCUACGAGGAAGGUUGUCCGAGUAAGAUCGGGUUAUUGGCCGUCCUCCUCUUGGGCCUCUACAUCAUCUCAUAUUCCCCUGGGAUGGGCACAGCGCCAUGGAUCGUCAACUCCGAGAUCUACCCGCUUCGGUACAGAGGCGUCGGAGGUGGAAUUGCCGCCGUGGCCAAUUGGACGUCCAACUUGCUUGUCAGCCUGACGUUCUUGACGAUGACGCAGACCCUGACGGUGGCCGGAGCUUUCCUGAUGUUCGCCGCCAUCUCGUUUAUCAUGCUGGUGGCGAUCUUCUUCUUGGUACCGGAGACGAAAGGGCUGCAGUUCGAGGAAGUGGAGAAGCUCUUGAGAGAUGGGUUCAAGCCAGGGUUCAUCAAGGCAAAAGCAGGGGAUCAGGGGAAGGGGAAAGCUCCAGCUUAGUUUGAUGAAAAUUUGGCUUUCUUUUUUUCUUUUUUAAGAAUUUUCUUCAUUUGUUUCAGAAUAAGUUUGAGGAGUUGUAUGAGACACUUGUUUAGAAAAACAGGAAAAUAGGGUAAAUUUUCAUUUCUUAAGAAUAAAAACUUUGAUUUAGUCAUAAAUUGUGUUGUUUUUUUAGUGCAUAUUGGAAUUAUGUAGUUUUAUAGAAGGGUAAGUUACGGAUUUGAAGAUGGUUGUUUAGUGAUCAAAAUGUUUGGAUUUGCUUAGCUACAUAGAAAAUGAAAUUGAAAGGUAUCUAUGUUUGCUCUGAAUUGUUUGAUGACAUAAACAAAAUAAGU